CGCCGCUUCCGGCUUCCGGUCGAGUGGAGUAGUGGCCCGCAGUCGUCAUGGCAGCUGAGGAGAAGGACCCAUUGAGCUACUUCGCGGCCUACGGGAGCAGUAGCUCCGACUCGUCGGGCGAGGACGAGGGCAGCGAGCCGGAGGAGGCGCGGCGCCCGUCCGCGGCCCCGGCGCCGUCAGCGGGCGGCCUCGGGAAGCCGGCGGAGAAGCGGCUGCCCGGCCCGGACGAGCUGUUCCGGAGCGUGACGCGCCCUGCCUUCCUUUACAACCCGCUCAACAAGCAGAUCGACUGGGAGAGGCACGUGGUGAAGGCGCCCGAGGAGCCUCCAAAGGAAUUCAAAAUCUGGAAGUCAAACUACGUACCACCUCCAGAGAGCUACACUACCGAGAAGAAACCGCCGCCUCCGGAGCUGGACAUGGCAAUAAAAUGGUCCAACAUAUAUGAGGACAAUGGUGAUGAUGCCCCACAGAACGCUAAGAAAGCCAGGCUUCUACCGGAAGGGGAGGAGACGGUGGAAUCAGAUGAUGAAAAAGAUGAACAUGCAUCUAAAAAGCGCAGAGUUGAGCCAGGAGAACCAGCCAAGAAGAAAAAGUAGACAGUAGACGGCAAGCAUUUCUGGACUGCUAAACUUGUUGAAAUGUGUUAUUGGUCGGAGUAUUUGAUUUUGUGGAUUAUUAUGACAAAUAUAUCCAUGGAAGUAUCUGUGUUAACAAACUAAUAAGUAUUGCCUCAAGACUUUCCUCUGUAGAAUUCAUUUUCUUAUUUAAAGCCUUGUAUGUAUUUAAGACUCAAAUGGUGACCUGUGAUUGUUUAACUGACAGUACUUGGAAGCAUUCUUGCUAUCAUAAUUGGUGACAGGCUUUGAGAGUUUUGUCACAUAUUGACAUACCUAUGUUCUACAAACCUUUUAUAAAGGAGUAUAUUUUUAAAGUAAAUAUAUUGUAAUGUACUGUGAACUUGUCGGUGCUUUUCAUCAGUGUUUGUACAGUGUAAAUAGAUGAUGAUCAUGGAAAUAAAAUUACUUAUUCAAUACUA